UUAACACCAGAUCUUCACAAAAUGAGGGCCGUUGCUUUGCUGUGUCUCGCUGCCACUUUGGCUGUCACUGCUGCCUUACCUGCAGGUGCUCCAGUUCCUCCAGCUGCUCCGAUGAUCCCCUCUCUUGCCAUGAUCGAGGCCUUCAUCCCGACGCCCGAGGAGAUCAACGCCCUACACGCCCUCCACACCACGCCCGCCCCCGGGGUCGUGCCCACUCCAGGGGCCGCCCCCCUCGCACCUCCAACCAUGCCUCCUGCAGUAGCAAAUCUGGUCGCCAAGUACAAGGCCGCAGCCGCAGCCUUCAUCCCUUCCACUGCAGCGCCUGCCUGAGCUGAUGCCUUUUUCCUGUGAAUGUCAUGGGGCACUUUACAAAACUCACCCUAAUUUUGUUAAUUUAGUCUUAAGUUUGAUUCGGCGCCACAGAAAAAAAGGACUUUUCCCCCCAAUCCUCUCAUUCCUGUUAUGCAGCAUAAUUAUUACGGCUGAAUAAAGAAAAUGAUUCGAAA